UCUUGAUCCCCGUGUGCUCGAAGACUAGUUCGUUUAUGCUCCGCGCUACCUCCUUUAUCUUUUGUUUCCAAAGCAACUCUCUGUCUCUAAACGUGUUAGUUGAAUGGUAGAUAGACGAUUUAUAGGCAUCUCCUAUUUCUACAUCUCUCAUAAGCUCCUCACACCCUUCCUUCUUGACAUGUGACUAUCCUCUAUUGAAACAUUGUAGCCACCGCAGCAAUGGACACAUCUUCCACCACAGGCCUGGAGACAGAGACUUACGAUUACAUUAUCGUCGGCGGGGGAACGUCAGGCCUUGUUGUCGCAAAUCGUCUGAGUGAGGAUGUUAGUGUGCGUGUGCUUGUCCUCGAAGCUGGCGCCGAUUCAACCAAGGACCCAAGAAUCUUCAUACCAGGACUGGCCCCCUCGACGUAUUGGAAUCCGGACUUCGACUGGAAGUUCACCAGCACUCCACAAAAACAACUCGGUGGCCGUACAAUUGCCCAUUCCAUGGGGAAAACGCUCGGCGGAUCAUCAGCAAUUAACAUGGGCAUGAUCAUAUGGCCGGGGCGAGUGACAUUUGAUUCUUGGAAGGCCAUCGGAAACCCAGGAUGGGGUUGGGAUGAGUCCAUGGUCAAAUACAUCAAAAAAUUCCAUACCUACAAUCCACCGUCCGCGGAGGUCCAAAAGAAGGUUUCGUAUGAGGCGGACGAGACGGCGCAUGGUACCAGCGGUCCGGUCCAAGUCAACUUUGGGACUGAUUACAUGCCCUAUCACGAGGCUUGGGCACCGACAUUCAAGAAUAUGGGUUACCCUCUUACUGGCGACCCAGUUACAGGACUCUCAUCCGGUGCUUUUACUAGCGGUGGUGCCAUAGACCCUGUGUCAAAGACGAGAAGCCACUCCGGUGCGGUUUAUUUCAAUGAAGAGAUUGCAAAGAGGCCAAAUCUCCGAGUCGUGACUGAAGCUUUUGUGGAGAAGGUACUGCUCAAGACGGAAGAAGAUGGAUCCGUCACUGCAACAGGCGUACAAGUGCGGACGAAGGACGGUGUGCUACGCGAGAUCUCCACGGCUAAUGAAGUGAUACUGGCCGCGGGCUCUUUCAAGAGUCCUCAAAUCCUAGAGCUUUCUGGCAUUGGCAACCCAUCGCUGCUAAAAAUCCAUGGAAUCCCGGUCGUCAUUCCCAACAUUAACGUCGGAGAGAAUCUGCAGGAUCAUGCUCUCAUCCCCUUCAACUGGGAAGUCGUCGACGGCGCCUCCGCCGACAUAAUCGCCAAAGACCCCUCCGUCAUGGCCGCAGCCAUGGAGGCCUACCAAACCGCCAAAGCCGGCCCUCUUGGCCAGAACCCCCUUGUGUCCUCCUUCAUUCAUAUCGACCUCUCCGACGCCGAACGCAACGAGUUAGUAGACACCCAUCUCGCCGCCCACCCGCCGCAAACCCCCGCCGAAGUCGCCCAGUUCGAGCAACUCCGCCAAAUCCUCGACAUCCCCAACGAGCCCACCGCUCAAUACACGUUCGCACCGAUGCAGCUCCUCUCCCGCGAGAGUCCCCUCCCUUCCGGCAUCUUCGGCAUGUCCCACGACGGCUACUUCGUCACCGUCGUCACAGCCCUCAACCACCCCUUCUCCCGCGGCUCAACGCACAUCGCCUCCGCAAACCCUGCGGACAAGCCCACCAUUGAUACCGGCUACCUACGGCACCCGCUCGACCUCGAGCUCGAAGCGCGCCACCUCCUCCUGCUCGAGAAGAUCAUGGCCGCCGAGCCCAUGGCCUCUCUGCUUAAGCCCGGCGGGCGCCGCAUCCACAACUACGACAAGCCGGAGCCGAUUGCGGAUCUCGAGGAUGCGAAGAAGGUGGCGCGGGAGCUGGUGGUGAGUAACUGGCAUACGAGCGGGUCGUGUGCGAUGCAGCCGCUGGAGAAGGGCGGGGUGGUGAGUGACAAACUGCUGGUAUACGGGACGCGGAACCUGAGGGUGGUGGAUGCGAGUAUUUUCCCGCUGGUGCCCAGGGGGAAUAUUCAGGCGAGUGUGUUUGCGGUGGCGGAGAAGUGUGCGGAUGUGAUUAAGGAGGAGGCAGGGAAAUGAGGGGAGAGAGCUGAUGGAGGGUGGGGAUGCGGGACGUUUGGAUGGAGGUAUUGAGACUUGGAGGUUUGGGGGGCUGGUGUUUGUAGAACGUGCUCGCAACAAUCCUCAUCUCGGCCUUCUAACAUUUGAUGCACGUACCUAUUCGGAGGGUCGAUGAGAAAGCACAUGUCCUAAUUUCCCUACGAGGUCUCUUCUCCAUCGGACAUUCAAUAUCCCAAAGCACUUAUCCUUGACUGUUGGGUCAUAUAUGCCGCUGGAGUUGGCAAGAAGGGGAGCUCUUUGGACGAGCCCACGAUCAAGUUCGAUUUUCCAUGGAGUUGGGACCCAGGCCUCUGGCUGCGAGGACCGAACCCUCUCAUCAAGCGGAUUAGAGCCCUGAUCCGACGGCGGCAGCUGCGUGUAUUAGUUCUUGGGAUGGUGUAUAAUCAUGAGUCUGACUGG